AUGGACCCCCCUGCCUCUUUCGAAAGGUGCUACCCUGACCUGGGUGCACUGCGCCUUCACUUCGACGUGCUAGACUCCACCCAGCUGUACUGCAAACGGAACAUGGCACGUCUUCUACAAAAUGGGAUUUUACAAGACGACAAAAAUAUGGUGUUGGUGACGUGUAAUGAACAGACAAAUGGAAUCGGGACGAGAGACACGAAGAAGAAGCAAGACAGAAUAUGGUUAUCUGAAAGGGGAAAUAUUUUUACAACUUUUCUUUUUCUGUGGAAAAGGGAAGACCUAGAGAAGGUCAAGUACCUAGCACAAACUUCCACCGUGGCAGUGAGCAAAACGUUGGAGCAUUUCCAUUUGGUAACACAAAUCAAGUGGAUUAAUGAUGUGCUUGUGAACGAAAAAAAAAUAUCCGGUUGCCUUGUUAACUUAUAUUACCUAGAUGACUUCCCCUCCUUGCUAAACCGUUACGUGUGUGUGAUGGUUGGCAUAGGAAUUAACCUAACCCUGACUGACAAAAAUAACCUCCUACGUGAUAACUACACUUGUGUGCAGAAGGAACUACAACGAGAUUUUAAUAACUUGUAUUUAAUCCCAUCGGCAGAAGACGUUAUGGAAAAGCUGAUUUACAAUUUUAAUGCAGUAGUGAUAAAAUUGAAAGAGGAGGGAUUUUCUUCCUUCCUGGACUACAUAACCCCGAGACUUUUGUACAAAGACAGGACCGUUAUGGUCGAUACAGAUCAUGAGUUGAUUGAUGGGCACCUCCAAGGACUCCUCCACGAUGGCUCCCUCCUACUGCUGCGGGGGAAGAACGAGCUCGUCCGCGUGAACACGGGCCAUCUACGCCUCUUCGAAGGAGGCCUCAAAUAG